GGUGCCGCCCCGGGCGGAGGGCCCUCCUGGGCCGGGAAAACUGCAAUUCCCGGCAUGCGCUGCCACGGAUGUGCCUGCGUACAGGAGCUACCGCGCCGGAGCGGGUUGGUUUAAAGCGCUGUGUUAGUUCCAUGGAAACCGGCCUGCCUGCUGAGGGGUAGAGCUACCCGCGGACAGAUGGAGUGUGAGGUGCAUAUGGAAACUACAGUGUCCAGACCGGUCCUCUCUCCAACCCACAUCAAUGCUACAGCUUCUGAAACAUUCACGGUACUUCAGGAAAGGAUGAGAAUAGUUGAGGAACAGACCAGUUCUCUGAGGGAUGACCUAAUAAUGUUGGACUUUGGUGAAAAAAGAGGCCAACUGGAGACUCCAAAAUGUUUAGAAGAGCCUGUGAACCAGAAUAUCAUUAGUCCCAUCCAGAACGAAAUGUUUUGUUCAGGAAAACCAAAUAUUCUAUGGAAGAACUGUGAGUUUCUGGUAAAUCGAAUGUGCCAUCUGGAAAGCCUCAUCCAGUCCUUGAAGAUGAACAUCUUUCGUCUGCAAACCGAAAAGGAUUUGAAUCCACAGAAAACAGCUUUUCUGAAGGAUCGACUGAAUGCAAUACAGGAGGAGCAUUCCAAGGACCUGAAGCUGUUGCAUCUUGAAGUGAUGAAUUUGCGCCAGCAACUAAGAGAUGUAAAGGAGGAAGAAGACAAGGCACAAGAAGAAGUGCAAAGGUUGACUGCCACCCUGGAGAUUGCCUCAGAGACAAAGAAUAAUGCAGCCAUUAUUGAAGAGGAAUUGAAGACCACAAAACGUAAAAUGAACCUGAAAAUUCAGGAGCUAAGGAGACAACUGUCUCAGGAGAAGCACCUGAAGGAAUCUCUUGAGAAAUCUGCAUCAGCCAUGCUGUUCAAAAUACAAGAAAUGGAAUCAACAGUGGAGGUGGAACGGAAACAGGUGCAGAUCUUGCAGCAAAACUGCAUUGCCCUACGCAGGUCUAUGCAGACCACCCAAGAACUACUGGCACAGGAGCAACAGAAAAAAGGAGAUUUGGAGACUUCUAUCUCACAGCUCAAGUCUGAUCUAAUUUCUAGAGAUGAACUCAUUUCCAAGUUGGUUGAAGAAAAUAAGAAUGUACAGAGGUCUUUCAACAAGGAACACGAAGAAAAUGCCUAUUUGAGGUCUGAAAUAGUAUCCCUUCAUGAAACAUCAGAAAAAGCACAGGUUUCGAAUGACCAGCUGACUAGAAAGUGUUCAGAGCUGAACAGCAUGCUUGAGACUGUUAGUAUGGAAAAUGCCAGAAUUAUUGCUGACCACCAAGCCAUUCUGCAGGUAGAGCAGAAAAUGAUGACACAGACAUUUCAAGAACAGAACUUACUCCUGGAUGCAGCCCAUGCCAGUAUCGCUACUGAGCUACAGACUGUUCAGAAUGAGAAAAUCCAACUCCAAGCACAUCUGGACCGUGUAAUCCUUGAGCAUAAUCAGUGUAUCCAGAAAGCACAGGAUGCCGAGAAGAGGACAGCCUUGCAGAAAGAGCUGCUAGAAACAACUAUUGCAAGAUUGCGAGGUGAAUUGGAAACAUCAAUCCAAGAGAAGAAGUCUCUGCUAGAGGAGAAAGAAAGAUUUCAGGGAGAGGUUAAUAAAACAGAGAAAGAAAUAGCGCAAGAAAAAUGCAAUUUGGAAAAGGAUUUAGCUAAAAACAAGGUAGAUAUAAAUGCAUUAACCCACAACCUGCAGACUCUAGAGGAAAAGAAUAAGCACCUGGCAGAACAAAUGGCUUCCCUAGAACUUCAGCAAGUCACUUCUGAUUAUAAUGGGCUUGCCCAACAGCAAGUGGAAAAGGCCUUGGGAAAAAUUACUGAGAGUAAAAAUAAACUGGCCUAUGAAAAGGGAAAACUCCAGAUAAAAGUUAAACAGCUAGAAGAACAACUACAUUCUUUUACUGAAACCAGUUCACAGAAUGACCAUCUACGCAAGUUGAACAAGGCUCUAGAGAGCAAAUAUGCUCAGGUGAAAUCCAUUCUUGAAAAGAAUGAAGAGGAGCUCUCACAAGCCAGGAAGUGUCGGGACGCAGCCCUGAAAGAGAGCCAGAGGUUGAGAGGGGACCUCGAAGCUUUGGAGGACAGAGAGAACAAGAAGGUGGGAAACUUUCAGCGACAACUGGCAGAGGCUAAAGAAGACAACUGCAAGGUUACAAUUAUGUUGGAGAAUGUGCUGGCUUCUCACAGUAAGAUGCAAGGUGCUCUGGAAAAAGUACAAAUAGAGCUUGGGCGGAGGGAUUCAGAGAUUGCAGGCCUCAAGAAAGAAAGGGCUCUAAAUCAACAGAGGGUGCAGAAGUUGGAGGCAGAAGUGGACCAGUGGCAGGCCAGGAUGCUGGUUGUAGAUGCCCAGCACAACAGUGAGAUGGAGCCUCUACAGAAAGCUCUAGAUGUAGCUAGGGAAGACAACAGGAAACUGGCUUUGAGCCUGGAACAAUCUCUCCAGACAAAUAAUCAUCUACAAACAAAGCUCGAUCAUGUUCAAGAGAAAUUGGAAAACAAUGAACUUGAGCGACAAAAUUUGGAAAGCUUCAAAGAACGGAUGACUGAGGAAUCUAAAAUGGAAGCGGAAAUGCAUGCUGAACGCAUAGAAGCUCUAAGAAAGCAGUUUCAAACUGAGAGAGAAACGGCCAAGAAGGCAGCACAACGGGAAAUGACUGAGCUGAAGAAAGCCCUUGACGAAGCCAACUUCCGAUCAGUGGAGGUAACCCGGACCAACCGAGAGCUGCGGCAGAAACUGACAGAGCUGGAGAAGAUCCUGAACAGUAGCAAGGAGAAAAUAAAGAAUCAAAAGGCCCAAAUUAAGCUCCACUUGUCGACCAAGGCGAAUAACACUCAGAAUGUAGAGAGGAUGAAGCAAAUAGAAACAGAAUUGAGGCAAAUGGAGCUAAUUAAGGAUCAAUAUCAGAAAAAAAAUUAUGAACAGUCACUGAGUAUCCAGAAGUUCGUAUCCGAAAUGACUAACUUACAGAAGGAGAUGCACCUGUUGGCCAGGAGCCAAUACGAGACAUCAGCACGGAACAAACAGCAAGAGCUGCGACUUGAGGCAGAGCGGAAAAUAAGGCAGGAACUGGAGAGCCGGUGCCAGGAAUUGGAAGAAACUAUCAGACACCUAAAGAAAUGUAAAGAGGCAACAGAGCAUAAACUGAAAGAAGCCAGUGUGGAAUCCGAACAGAUAACAGCUAACCUGGAAGAAGCUCAUCGCUGGUUUAAGUGCAGGUUUGAUGGCCUCCAACUUGAGCUGACCAAAAACCGGUUGCAGAGGCUUCCCCAAGAAGAUAGGUGGCUGGAAGAGGACCAAGGUAACCAGCACAAUGUUGCAUCCAGCCAGUCUGCUCUACAUCGAUGGGAGAAUAAACAGAAUCUUAAACUUAUGCCCAAGAAGUGUCAUUCUGAACGAGAGAGAAAGUGAUGUCCUUGACAGAGGCGCUUCUUCCUUUAGAGCUACACAGCCAUGAUUUCCUGAGCCCGGCGACCAGGGCUGGCCUUGUCCACCAUCAUCAGAACAUGAAGUCUUUGACGUGGGCUGAAGAUUUUGGACUUGAGUUUAUCGUUUUAUGAGCUUGGUGAUAUCACUAGAGAACCACCCCAUCUUUUUUGUCCUUUUCCCCAUUUUCCACCCAAUAAAUUUAUAUUAAUUUGUUGUAUGAUAGGUGAUGCUGUUGCAUGAUACUUGGCUAUUUUUCUAAGUACAUUUUAUCAAAAAGUACUUAGUAAGGUGCUAGAUGAUAUGGCAACCAAAUGAUAAACGAGGGCAUUUCAUUGAAACAAAAUAUCCUAACAUCCAGUAGAUAAUCCCUGGAACUGGAAUCACCUGGAAAAUGGUAAAACUCUUCCACAAUCAUACAAAUGUAUAUCUUUUGUGCUAGGUAAAUUACCAGCACAUCUUUAGUAAGAUGCUAUCUCUAUUCUGUAUUUUAUUGCUUGUUUUAAGUAAGUUCUACCCCCAGUGUGGGGCUUGAACUCACCACCCUGAGGUCAAGAGUGGCAUGCUCUACCGACUGAGCCAGCCAGGCACCCCCCCAUAUCUAUCUAUUCUUAUAUAAGAGAUUGUAUUUACAGCUUCCUUGGACAUUUACAAAGCAAAUUAUUCUGUAAAGCAGUCUGCUCUGCUCCAGGAAACUAUGCUUGACCAUACAUUGGUCAAGAGAGAUGUUGAGGAAUUGGAAGAAACUAUCAGACACAAAAGCUACAUGCUUUUCCUUACUAUAGUAAGCAAUAAAUUCAGAUUUUUAAUUUCAGAUACUGAGUGGUAGAGUAUAUACAUUGUCUGGAUUACCAUAAUAACUAGCUUAAUUGAUGCUCAAGCCAUGGCAGCUACUGAUACUAUCAGGACCUAAAUCAAGUAAGCAAUUGUGAAACUGGAGAGAAUAUAAAAAAUAAGAUGACUCUCAGAGGUUGAAGAGCCCACCACUCUUUAUCUUAUAUAAAGAGACAAAGCUGAGUUUAAUGCUCUCUGGUAAGGAAGAGCUGUGUUGGUCAGGCAGAGUCCUCCCUGAGCUGAGCAGACUGCUGAUCGUCUACAGGGUGUUGGGGACGCAAGGAGUUCAAGGAUUUCAAGACUUUCAGAGGCUUAUGAGGCCUUUGUAGAAGUGUAGUUAAUGGGGGUGAACCUAUUAAUUGGCUUUCAGGACCAAGGUUAUUGGAGUGUGUCCAUUCCUGUUGUCGGGCUUUCAGAGGUAAGGCUACACUGAUUGGCAGACUGGUAAAAGCUGCCUCAAGUUGUCUAACUCCCACAGGCUCUAUCCCUUUGGACUCUUCAUAAGAUCUAAGAUAAAGUCAGUUGAGGGUAUCAGGGAGUCAGUGUUGAAAUAGUUUAACCAAGAGCCCCACAAAAGAGUUGACUUUAGUCCUGAAUUCUUUAUAGCAAAAAAGAUCCCAGUUACUGCAUGGGAGAGAUGACCACCCUUAAUGGAUUGUUUCUGAGUGUUGUCAUGACAUUGACUGUUACUGGCCAAGAAUAUGUUUAUCUUCAUCCAGAACAAAGACAUUUUUCUUCACUUGUGUAUGGUCUUCAAAGAGUAUCAUUAUUAAAGUCAGUGUAACAUA